AUGUGUCGGUUACUGAUCGCUAGUCUAGUGUUUGUGAUAUUAGUCUUCAGUGCGCUUGUUGUACGCGACCAUUCGUGGUCCAACCUGCUAAAGGUUGGGAUCUACCUAGCGACGCAACUGAUGGCAACAAGCUUUACGCUGCAGUACCUGACCGUGUUCGGUAUAGUGGCCGUGCUGCUACGCCAAAUGAAUGACACACUUGAGCUUAUCCUUUACGGUACAGUGGCAUACGAUGAAGGAACAAACGGAUCCCACUCACGCCUUCGCAAGCCAGUACGCUUCACGCGUGACGAUGAGCAAACGAUCGAAAAGAUACGCCUUUUGCAGCUUAAAUUGGUUCAAAUCGUGUUUCACACCAAUGGGGGAGAAUAUGGUCUACUGUUGAUAGUGGUUCUGCUCACUACCUUUAUCUUUCUCAACACUGAGCUUCUGCAGCUGUACCAGGGCAUCAAGGCGAGCGCCUUCACGUUCGACGUGAUCGGCGCAAAGCUGACUAACUCGGCACUCAAGUUCGGGAUGAUGGUUGUAUAUGCGAUUGCAAAUCGAACGAUUCAGACACAGAAUUUACGUGGAUUAAAACUUUUAUUUCAACUGCACAGUUCCUCCAGUAGUUCACGAUGUCAUGAAAUUACAAAUCGGUUCAUUACACAGACAACACUCUUCCUUGCAAAUGGACACGAAGCGUACAGCAUGAUCUCGAUCGAUAUGACCCUGAUCUUAAGUAUUGUUGCCGGUUUAACCAACAUUCUAGUAGUAUUGGUACAGUUUUCUGACGGGAAACCCUCAUGCAACCAACUGUAGUAAAUUCUAACUCUAAGCACUACGCGAGUACUACUCAGUUCAAAUCUAGCAUUGACCAAACCUUUCAUUUGCAUACAAUUGAUUAUCCCGUUUUAACUAUCCCAUUUAUAUGGAUCGCUUUUUUGGCACGAGCAUUUCCUAGCACUAUAUGACAAAAUAAACGCAAAAAAAAACUUUU